CGGGGACCCGCCCCCCGCCGCCCGCGUGACCGCGGAGCCGCCCGAUGGGCGCUGGUAACCGUCGGCGGCCUGCGCGCAGCGGCAUGGCGGCGGCGGCGGGCUCCUGCGCCGGCGGCGACAGCGGCAACGUCUCGCAGAGCCACAGCAACGCCUCGGGGCUUGGGGAGCAGGAGGGCGAGGAAGGGGACGCCUCGGAGGCGUCGCUCAGCGCCACCGCCGCCGCCUAUUCCGCCUACCUGCUGCCGGACCGGGCCGCCUUCUGCACGCAGAUAGAAAGCUUAGAGAAGAGUCUGGAAGACUUGCUGACCAGAGUAGAUGAAUUUGUGGGAAUGUUAGACAUGAUUCGAAGUGAUUCCUCUCAAGUUGUCAAUGAAAGUAUACCUCAAAUUUACACAAAAGCUACAGAAAUGAGACACAUAUACAGGAAGAUUGACAAACUAGAGGCUUUUGUAAAGAUGAUUGGGAACUGUGUGGCUGGAAUGGAAGAGCGGGUCAUAAAGGCAGAAACAGACCUUGGAACUUUUCCAAGCACAUUCAAGAAAAUCUUGCACACAAUCAGCAUACCAUCCUUCCUUAACAAGGAACAAAUACUUGCUGCUGUCGCCCUGUGAACCAACUCUUCCCAACAGGACUUCUCUUAAAGUGGACCAGAGCCUCCUCCACAUGCUCAAGGACUUGAGUUCAGAAAGUCUGCUGCAGAGAAGGCAGCUCAUUUGGUAGAUUUGUAUUUUGCCCCAACAGGAGAGACCAGGAGUGUUAGAACCUUUCAUUACAGAAGUGCUAGGGAGCCCAGAAGUAUUCCUAGAGAGCGGCAGCAGUAUGUUUCCAGACUAACCCUUUCUAACCAAUGAUUUCCCACUUAAGAUGCCUACAGGAAAAGCCUAUUUUAGGUAUGGCCACUAAUUUAUCUUGGCUUUUUUCAGUUGCUUUGGCUUUUCUGAAACCAUAACCAUACUGUUUCACAGGUGUUUUUAUUCCUCAAUUGCUUUUUUCACAUUUCAAAAUCCACCUGUUUUUUUGUCCAUUUUGACAGUCCUCAUUUAAUGAGUACUGGAGCAUUUAGCAAUAGCAAAUUAGCGUGAAGAUUUAUGGAUAUCAAUUUAUAAGAAAAUAUGCAGAUAUCAGUACUUGUGAUAAUACUAGAGACUACUGUAAUGCACUACUUCAUGCAUGCAUUUUUUAAGGUCUACCUAAAGGAUCUGGAUCUAGGUUUUAGGCCUUAUUUUCCUUUUGUGUCUUUUAAUAGGCUUUCUGCACCCAAAGAAACUUUCCUAUCAAGUCCGUUGAAUAUUAAAAAAGCGGGGGUGGGGGGGAUGGGGGGGAGAACGUGUAAUCAUUUGCACACACACCUAAGUUAGAAACCUGGUUUAUUUGAAACCGUGAAAUCAGAGUCCAAUAGAUAAAACGCUUAACAUCACCACUGGACAGUAUAUAGGAAAACUGGUAAGACCAGACUGCUUCCUUGGUGCUCAAAGCAAGGAUCAACUCUGCUAUGACUUCCCAGCUCCCCACUCCAAGAAGUGCUCUGUUAUCUUAAGACCAAUCCUUAAAUGUUCAUCGUAAAUUGCCCAAUUCCUCCCUACUGGAAUUUCCCUGAUACCAGCAGGACUACUCCAGAGAAAAUAUGGCUCACAAUAUCUAGAUUAAGAAUUUUUAAAAGUUCCUAAGAGCUCUCUAAAUUGGUUCACAAACCAACUCACAAUUUUGAUUAAAAAAAAAAAAAAAAAAUCAAUGAAUGAGUAAUGAGCUACUAUUAGACUAUAGGAAUACACUGCUUCUUUCUCAAUGUCACUUUUGGGGAGGGAGGGGGAAUCCCAUAAAGGUGAUUAUGUUAGUUCAACACUGGUAUUAAAUGACUAAGCUUUACCAAAUAGCAGAUUCUCUCAGUUUAGGUCACUAGACAUUACAUGCACAUCAAAAUUCUUUGAAGUGAUCAAUAUGAAAAUAUCAAGGUUGUAUCCAAAAUAAAAUUUUGAAUAGUGUAUAGAACCUCAGAUGAACAGGCAAAGUCUGUUACAAACAUCGUGUCCUUUCAGAAACAACAACAAAAUCUUUAUCUGCUUUUAAAACCUCUAUUGCAUAGGACAAAAGUAUGUUUACUACUUAAAAAGAAAAAAAAAAAAGAGAAGCUUGGGCGCAUUACCCUUUCCUUGUAACGCUGGCACAAGUUAACUGAUAGAACAGUCUCCUUUCUUCUUCUAGGGGAGAUGGUUAUGGGAAGCAGGAGGAAGAGCAGGAAGAAAAAUGAAUAUAUAUUAUAGGUUGCUUAUUACAAGUGUUAACCAUCUAUUAAUGAAUUUUGGAGGCAAUAUUUACAAACCAACCGAAACCAAACAAUCAGAAAAAAGGAACAGUACUAAACAAGGCCUGAUUAUGGCCAUCAGUAACUUACACAGUUUGUUCUCCAACUCAAAUUAACUUUUUGACUAAGUUUUUGUAAGUGGCAAUUUUGGAUGUAAUCCAUAAUAGGGAUGUGAGUUUGCACUGAACAAGAUCAUCUACUCCGUUUUUAUACAAUUCUUAGACUUUCUGUAACGGCAGUAAAAAUUCGUCAUCUGUGUAUGAGUAUCAUUGGUUCAGGUAACCAACAGUUGAAAGUGUUAACACUACCAAUUCAUCCAGCUCCAGUUUCUGUAUGCUGUCUGACUCAGAGAAGAGUUCAAACCAUAUAACUAAUUUGUUAUGGAGCACUGGCUGUUACCACCUUAUGCAACAUCAAUUAAAAUUAUAUAAAUAUUUCCACCAAACGUCAGUGAUUAUUGGAUAGGGCUUCUACAGAGAAGGUAUGUGCAUGAAAGUCACAUAUUCCACAUAUCAAAGCAAUCUGACACUCUCCAAAGCGUUUUUGCUUUUUGAAAUAAGAACCAAUGCUACUGCUUUGAACAACAGAUAUUUAAACAACCAGGUUUCAACACCAACAAAAGGAGUUAACACUUCUGUUUAGCAAGACCUAUUUAACAGAUAAUAAACACAGCCAUUUCAAGUCAGUUACUAUAACAGUUUAAAAGGCCUUCUCCUGCCCCUACCAGAAUGCCCACCAUAUUAGUGCUAGUUAGAUAUUACAAGUCAUCAGAUUUAACUGGCAAAGGUAUUAUGAUCAGGAAAAAAAAAAAGAAAAGAAAAGACUGCCAAGUAUUUUAUUGCUACCAGCGCAUCCAAAAUUGGGGGGGGAGGGGGGAAUAUAAAGGCUACAAUCACUUUCUUCAGUAGAUAAAAAGAAAAUAGAAAAAAAAACAAAAAAAAUA